CUCAAAUCCCCCACCGCCAAUCUCCCCUCCCUACCUCGAUCGCAUCCUCCCACCACCCGCCGCUCGCCGCCCCGGUCGAUCGGCGAUGACGCUGGGCAGCUCCGGCGCCGGAUCGAGCGUCGUCGUUCCUCGGAACUUCAGGUUGCUAGAAGAGCUUGAGCGUGGGGAGAAGGGUAUUGGAGAUGGAACAGUCAGCUAUGGAAUGGAUGAUGCAGAUGACAUAUACAUGCGGUCAUGGACUGGCACCAUUAUUGGUCCUCACAAUACUGUCCAUGAGGGCCGCAUCUACCAGCUGAAGCUGUUCUGUGACAAAGACUACCCCGAGAAGGCACCAUCUGUUAGAUUUCAUUCUAGAAUCAACAUGGGAUGUGUCAACCACGAGACUGGAGCGGUUGACCCAAAGAAGUUCAGCGUGCUAGCAAACUGGCAGCGCGACUACACGAUGGAAACUGUGUUAACCCAGCUGAAGAAAGAUAUGGGAAUCGCGCAGAACCGCAAGUUGGUGCAGCCUCCAGAAGGGACGUUCUUCUAGCGGAGUGUUUGCUGGCCCAUCUCCAGCUUCAACAGCAGCGAUCUAUAUCACUCCCAUGGGAUUUGAGUUGUAGAUUCAGCAUCUGAUGCCUGCAGAUCUUUUCCCAGUUCUCCAAACUGUGUUCACCGCGAUUGCCGCUAAUGGAGAUGGAAUGAAACAUGUACCAGUUUGGCGAUUCGGUGGUAUUAAGGUCUGUAAUUCAAGAAACUACCCGUGUCAAGGAAAUAUAAUAUGUGUGCACAAGUAUGUUUGCCUUC